AUGGUUCGCACCAUCAACUCCCGCAAAAAGAAAUGCCCCAGGUCCCCUCCGAAGAAGACAGCUGGAGACCCAUAUCGUGAAGAUACCAGGAGCCCAGCCGCACAAAACGCCCCCGGUGUCCCCGAUGUCCCCGGUGCCCCCGAUGCCCCUGAACACGAGACCACGGAUAUGUUUGAAGGAAUGGAUUCAGAGGAGAUCAAUAAAUGUAUUGACGAAUUGCCUGUUUCGGCGCAGAAUAUCCUAGCCAAAACCCUCCUCCUAGAAGACGAAGUCACGAAACUCCGUGACCUUUAUCUAAGAGAAAAACACGAGAACAACUGCCUUCGCAUCCAGCUCUCAUAUCUACUAGGCGGACACGAUAAAGCGAAGUUCAACGAGGUCUUCGCUGAGCUAAUACCUAGCUCCAUUUCCAAGCUUAGACCUGUCCCUAUUCCUCUACACAUGAGACCAGUUGCAUACGGAAAUCCAGUAUUAAGUACCCAGCCACCAUUCUCCACACAGCCGAUUAUCUUCACGAAACCCGUGCCCUCCCAGCCCGCGGCACCGGCACCUACAACAAGCAAGACAUCAUCACCUCUACCGCAGUCUUUAGCAAUUUCCAAACCCAAACAAGGACCUGCUCAACCAGUGGCCCCUCGCCAAAAUGCAAAGACCCAGGUCGGGGAUCCUACUAAGCUCCCUCUUGCUCCUCCUACCAUUCAACCAGUCUCAGGUUCGACUUCUAACACGAACCCUGCAAUCUCUACAAAUCCUAAAAUUCACAUCGCAAACCUAGAAAUCGAGAACCAGCUACUCGUAGCUGCAUUCAGAGCUGAAGAAAAUGCCCGACAGGUCCGAGAGGUUCUCUCAACAAAUUCUACUCACUAUUGUCGACCGCCUAGUUCUCGAGGUUCAAGCACUAAUGAACGUCUUGUUUCUGACCUCGAAAAUACUUUCAAUAUUGUCAAGCCCUUUUCUCAUCCCAAUGAGGCUACAAAUGUGGCGUUUGAGGCGGGUCGACUCGGGGCUUUUUGUCCUGUUCGUCCUACUCCUAUUCCGGCUGAUUUGUUUGCUGCUGCUGCGGCUGCGGCGAGACCCUCUUCUGCGCUCAAGUCUCGUAUAGCUGCUGCCAAAGCUACUGAAGCUGCCCAGGCUAUUGCUGGUGCUCGGUCUUCUGCUGCUAUUCAGGAUACUACUGGUAUACAAUCUCCCGCUGCUACUCAACCAUCUAACGCUACUAGCUCGACCACUGGUGAUGCUCCCGUUGUUAUUUGCCAGCCUCCAUUUUCAAUACCAUCAGAUUUCGACCCAGCAGGAAUGACUAUGUGGUUCCCUCUUCCUGCGUCUAACGGAGAGUUGAAACGAAUGGGAAUCGAUGUUGAUUCGAUACUUAGGGAUCUUGAAAGGGGUCCAACGCCUGACGUGUAG